AUGCCAGCAACAACAAAUUCAGGGGUAGAAAUUAUUAAAGAAUUGAAUUCAACGAGAGGUCGCCGGACAAUUUCUGAAAAUAAUUAUAAUAUUGUUGACUUGGAUGUAGCAACACCGCAAUUGAAAAUUCUCGAAGAAGGAUUUGAUUUACCGGAACAGUUGGCAAAACCAAGUUCACUAAACGAUCGUCAUGAAGAAGGCGUAUGCAUACCGAUGUUGAGUAUGUGGAUUCUUUCAGCAUUUUCACUAUUUUCAAUAUCGAUAGCUGUCGCAACAAUUAUUUAUUCGAGACUUUCUAGUCGAAAAAUGGCAUUGUUUUAUCGUUAUUAG